AUGAAUUGCAAGUUUUUUGGUGCUCUCACAUACACUGUCAAUCUCAAUUUGCAUAUCGGAGAGCUAGCUAAGAAUGAAAACGAACAACAGCUUAAUCAAAUUCGAAUUACUCUGCUGGAUCAGGUUCUGCAGCUGAUCAAUGAUGGUGCUGUUCUACAUAGUGGCAUGUUUGUGAUCAAAAAAAUGCUGUCCAACCUCUCCUUGUUGUUUAUGAAUAGCAGUCGAACAUGGACCAAUCCUCUAUUAACGUUAAUCAACUGCGUCGUUUUGGACCGAGUCUCUGACUCUAAUAUCGCUAAUGACCAGAUUGAUAAGGCCUUGAGCAGCCUUCCGUUCUCAAAGAUAUAUGUCCUUUUGAUUUUCGCCCAAAUCUUAGCGGAGGAGUUAGUCAAGAAAGAAGCGACCAACGUGUCCAAUGUACAAACACAUAAUUUAGUCCAUGAGCAUUUAUUUCCAACAGUUCAAAAGUUGAUGACAUCUCUCCUUAAUUUAUCGCCCGAACGAAAGCUCAUAGAUACAUGGCUUGACUGUCUUGCUUCGUGGGUGGGGUAUGCCUCAAAGGCUGAGUUUGACUCCACAGAACGCUAUGAUUUAAUAGGACUUCUUUCAAUAUGUAUUUCGCUCGUCACCAGCACAGAUUACGCCAUCUCACAAAAGGCCAUUGAGACUUUGAGCGAGGCCUUAGAAACAAACGCUACAUUUUUCAAUAGUCAACUUAAAGCGGACUUGCUAUCGAUGCUAUUCGGCGAAGUUGGAGUUCAAUAUGUGAGAUACUUUAGUUCCCAACAAGACGAGAAAAGCGUGGCGGACUUUGCGAGGUUGAUCAUCGCGUUUUUGGAUACGGAUCUCAAUUCAUUGGUUCUUAAACUGAAUAACGAUGAGAAUGCUUAUAUUUUCGAUUUCCUGGUUGUCCUCACAGACUAUCCCGGGACUCCCAUAGAGGAGGAGUCUGUUUCCAGAGAGUUCGCUGAUUUCUGGCUUCGCUUUGCAGACUACUGUAUAUGUGAGGAUACGACCCUUCAAACGCUUCUGAAUGAUAAGCCAGGUGGCCACGAGGCUCUUUCUGAAAAAAUCAAAGCCCUUUUUGAAAGAGUCACUCAGAUAUACUGGAAAAAAGCCCAUGUCCCGGAAGAUAAAGAAGACUUUUCGCAGUACAAGCAAGAAUUCGCUCUUUAUAGAAGAGAUAUCGGAGAUCUGUUUGAGUCUGUGUAUCCAUUGGUUAAACUUCCACUGAUAAUCAAUCUUCUAAUGACCAUAGAAAGAAGUAUACAAACAGGGAAGCUGGAGGACAUUGAGCCAUCUUUGUAUCUCGUGACUUGCAUUUCCAAGGAUUUUGGGGAUGGAGAGGUGGACCCUCAAUUGGUUCAACACUUGAGUGCAAUAUUAGAUGCAAAUCUUUUACCUAUCGUUUUGCAAGCGAAGACUGGUCGUUUCAGGUAUCUUGUUAGCACCACUAUUCAAUUCUUUUCAAGCGCAGACUGGUUUUACAAAAUAGAAGCCGGAACCAAGUACCUACCUCAGAUAUUGAGCUUCUUAUUUGACUGCAUGACCAAUACAAAUAUAUAUCAGCUUUCCAGCUCAAAGGCUAUCUCGAGUAUUUGCAGUCAAUGCAGGUACUCUCUGAUUGAAUUUUUGCCUAGUUUCGAGACCAUUAUCACGGAGAUGAUCAAUAACACAACAAUCGAUCCCGUUGUUAGGCAACGUAUAAUUAACGCAUAUGCUUCUAUAAUAGAAGGUGUGAAAGAUCCCGUGGUUCAAGGUGAAAAUCUUUUUAAGCUAUUUGACCUCUUGGACAAAAAAUCAUUGUCUGUAUUUGCAGGACUGGCCACUGCUAAUGCAGAAGAGCGCGAAAAAAUGGUUGAUUAUCUGACAAGCUUGAUCAGCUCUGUCAGUGCCGUUGGGAGAGGCAUGCAGCUACCAGACGAAGUGGAAGGGUAUUAUACACAGGACCAAGAGUCGAAAGUGCGUGAAUAUUGGACGACGGAUCCUUUGGGAAUACAUUCCAAACUACUAACAAUCAUUACAAAUUUCACGAUGACCAACGAAGUUUUAUCUGAAAACUACCAGAUAAUUGAGGAGGCUGUCAAUUUGUUCAAAUGUGGGCUCACAGAACCACUUCCUGGGCCUUUUGUGUUUGACUGUGCUACCAUUUUACAGUUUAUUGUGACUAAGUUCAACUCAUUGAAAAAGUCCCAUGCAUAUCCUCUUUUAUACUCCUUGUUGAACUCGGUGGUCACAGCGCACUACAGGACUCUGGACCUAGAGGCUCUACAUGGAGCGAUCAACACUAUUUUUCUAUCAAAACUCCCAGUCAUUGAAGACGAUCCAGAUCUUGUUCAAUCAAGUCUCAAUCUUUUCAGCACGAUGCUCACUACCAGGCCUUCUUUGUUACUUUCGAAUGAGAAACUGCUCAUGACCCUGUUGGAGUUUGCGUUCAGACAUUUGGGAUCAAAUGAGCGAUUUGUUCUGAAAGCAUUGGAAAAGUUUUGGACAAGAUUCAUCACUUUGAGAAAGGGGGAUAGGCAGGACACGGUGAUGGUCAAAAGAUUGUUCAAUGAAACCGAGCUGGGCUACGUGCUGACUUUCAAUGUGCUGAAGUAUAUGUUUGCUACGCAGAGAUCCAAUUUAGAGACUUUCAUUGAGAUCAUAAAACAACUCGUGGCCAAAUAUCCUUUGAUGAUGAACAAAUGGCUACAGGAAGCAUUUCCAAAGCUCAACGAGGAAAGAGAAAAAAAGAUCCAAAACUGGGAGAUUUUUGUGAAGAAAAUCAUGCUUACUAGAGGUACCAGAAGUGCAAAUGAUCUGAUCAAAGACUUUUGGCUGGAGGUAAACGGGCUGAUCAAUUAUAACUAA